UGUGUGUAAAUGCAUGUGCUUCCAUGUGUGAUUGUCUGAAAGCAGAAGCUUAAUGUAAAUGUUAGCAGGACAGCUUUGUAGCGCUCCAGGCAGGAGCACUGCGUGAAGAUAAAGACUCUUCGCACUGAUUUGAUGCCAAAAACAUUUUGAUUGUGAAUAUUUUUCUGCAGUUAGAAAUGAAAUGGAUGAUUAUGAACAUGUUGAUGUUUUUGGUUUUGAUUUGUCGACAGUAAUGAUUGAAAAGCAACAUCUAAACAUGAAAUCAUUUGUGGACAGAUACACUCGUAGGGGGAAAAAAUGUUCAAUCAAGCUCCUUAAAGCACCUUCUUUAAUGUGUACCUCUGGGAAAACCCUUAAAGGUUAUAUGUAGAAACCUAUAACAAGGAUUUUAGAAAAUUGUUAAUCACCUAAUGUAAAAAUACUUAGGUGUGUAACUAUUCAUUAAAAUACUCUUUCAAAAGGGAAUGCUAUAGAAAAACAAUUUUGGUUCUCAAGAGAGACCUUUUGAUUGAUGGUUCUAUAACUCUUGUUUUGUUGGUGUCACAAUGAACUGGACAAUAUAUCCCCCAUCAGAAAUGCGGUACUGUGUGGUAGGUUCUUUGCAGUUUGAAAUGGUUAUUCAGUUCAUUGUGACACUAGCUAGCUAGCUGAAUGAAUGAAUGAAUGAAUGAAUAGAUAGAUUGAUAGAUAGAUAGAUAGAUAGACAAAAGAUGCUGCAAAAAAAUAUGCAUGAAGACAUUUUGUGUGAUUUUUCUAUUUUAAUGUGAUUGCUGAUUAUAGAUUACACAAGUUACAGUUCAAAUAAAGCUGCAUUUUCCAUUUUUAAAAUUCUCUCUAGACCUUUAAUAAUCAUAUAACUGGGGGUUAAAAAAAAAUGGAAAACUGUAAUUUUGCAAUAUUUCCAUGCAGUUGAUCUGGCUAGUUUCUUUAUUUCAGCCUUCUGUUUGGAUUUUCUGGCCUGGAAAUAAGCUCCGCCCCCCAGUCAAAGCAGAUUGGCUUUGAUCCUUUUUUGCUAAACAGUUACUCAGGAGGCAUAUGAGGUUUCACCAUAAGGGAUGGGGUCCUCUGGGGAGGGAGGAAAAUGGCUCGUCUGUGUUUACUUUGUAAUUGCAACUCAUUUCUAAAAUAAGUAAUGGCUCCUUUAAAUAAAAACUUGAUAAAAUAGCUGUUCUGCAUAGCUGCUGAUUUCAGCUCACUCAUUUCUCUGAUUUUAUUGUGAGUUUUUUGUCUCUUGUGCUUAUUAAAAAGAUAUAGCAUGGUCAGUAGUUUACUGCAGGUUUAGUUGACAUGGACUGGCUGUAAAAUAUGUUGCUGUGUGUUUGCAUUUGUAUAGCGAAUCAGGUUCAGGUGAUCCGUCUGAUUCAGCUUGUUACUGGCGGGUUUGGGAUGAGGACUGGCUUUGGACUGGCAUGCGGGAUGGUAAGCCUAUCUGGCCUUUAUGUCCUUCACUGUUGUGCCAAGAGGAAUAAAUUGGGUGGAAAAGAGUCGUAGUGAGUGAGAGUUAAAAAAUUGCAGAUCACAGUUUUGAGAUUUCUUUUUACUGCGUGCUGAAUGCUGAAUUUGCUUCCUCACAGAUCUGAUGUGUUUUCUUUUACAUCACAUUUUGGCCAUUUUGGCCUCAUAAACAAAUGGCCUGGAAGCAUAUGAACUCCAAAACUCAGAGUGAGGUCUUGCUUCAUCAAACACUUGGCCGAGGUUAGUAGAGAUAUGGCAGUGCAUUUUAAUGGGCUCCCUGUUGACAGAGCUGUGCUUUUGGUGUUGCUUCUGUUUGAGUAGUGCUAUUUUUUUUUUAAUAGAGAGUUCUUUUCUAAUAGAUGAUGAGAAAUGAAACUUUCUUAUGUUUAUGUUUGUGAGUCCAGCUGUGCAUGUUUUGUGUUGAGCUGUGCUGAUUUUAGAUGCGUUCAUAUUUUGGUCACGAUGAUCGUUGAUUUGUGACAUUUAUAUCUUAGCUAAGUGAUUGACAUAUAAAUAAUAGAAAUGUUUUGCACUGAAGAGCACCAUUUUGGCUUUUUAAAUAUUGAACUACUCUGCUUCUGGUCUUUUUAAAGCCCAGCAUUCUGCCACAGCAUUACCCAAAUGAGCUGCUUUGAGAAAGAGGCUUGUCAGUUUAAGGGCUGACCCUGUCAGUAGCUUGCAGGAUUACGUAAGCUGUCUGGGAGAGUAAUAAACUCAGCUGCAUGGCCUCACUGGCUUCAGAAUAAUUACGUCUUUAUUAUUGUGAUGUUUGGCUCACCUCUAAGUGAGAAAAAUUCAAAAUGUGGUGCUUCCAUUGAUUUGAUUUGAUUGAGAAUUCAUGCACAAACCUAAUUAUUUAUGCAUUCAGAUCCUAUUUUUUCUAAUAUCUUUAAGCAAUGAAUUAGACCUACAUUUUACUUUUUCACUACCAAGCCGUCUCUCCUUGUUGAAUGCUCCUUCUUUUGCCUGCGCUGCUGAUUUCCUGACAUGCAGGCUUUGCAUGGCAGUCAUUUCCGAUUUUAAGCAGCAGUCUCGAGGGAGGCGCUCACUUCCUGUCAGUGAGUGUGGGAACCAUUUGGAUGUGGAGUGCACAGUGCCCUGUUAGACAGAGAGCCUAGGACACACGCUCAGUCAUGUGAGUUUAAUUAGACGCCACACAGGUCCAUGUCUCGCCGCUCUCUCUCUAACAUCCAGCCCCUGCUAUCACUAUGUCACUUUUGUUCUUUAGUACAGUUCCAGAUUUUGCCAGUGUUUUUUUUUUUAAUUCUGCAAUGGAUAUUUCCUAUUGUUUGAUGUUGUAGAGUCCUAAAGAUUAACUAAACCCUGAUGUUAGGUCCAUUCAAUUUGAACCCACGUGCCCCAGUUUAUACAAAUCCUCUUUCUUUUUCCUCACCUCACACACAGAGGCAGGAAUCUGAACCAGAAAUGACUGGUGCACUUAGCAGUUUUCACUCUCAACCAAAAUGCCAUGUUUUGAAAAUAGAAAUGCUUGGGGGGAAAAAAUGCUCGAAGGGUGUGUUCAAGGCACACGGGACUGUUCCCUUGGGUGCUCAGAGGCAGUGCAGUGCAACCUGACUGCUCUAGCCAGUGUUUGAGAUCUGCUAUCGAACCUCAUCAUCACAUAACACUGAAGGAGGAAAUCAAGGAUCAUUCCGCUAACUUAUUGAACCGAUCCUUCAGUUGUAGGAUUGUGUUUCAGUGGGAUCAUGGCCUAUCGCUACGUUAAGCAAUCCCAUCUGAUGCCGAGACUGAAAGAGUCAAGGUCUCACGAGUCGUUGCUCAGUCCCAGCAGUGCAGUGGAAGCUCUGGAUCUCAGUAUGGAGGAGGAAGUGCUCAUCAAACCGGUUCACAGCAGCAUCCUGGGACAGGACUUCUGCUUCGAGGUAACUACAUCAACAGGAAGUAAAUGCUUCUCUUGUCGGUCAGCAGCAGAGAGAGAGAAAUGGAUGGAGAACCUCAGGAGGGCCGUGCAUCCCAACAAGGACAACAGUCGUCGGGUGGAGAACAUGCUAAAAUGUUGGAUUAUUGAAGCCAAGGACUUGCCAGCCAAGAAAAAGUACUUCUGUGAACUAUGUCUCGAUGACACGCUUUACGCUCGGACUACCUGCAAGCUCAAAACGGACAAUGUUUUCUGGGGUGAACACUUUGAAUUCAACAACCUGCCAUCAGUGAAGAGCAUCACCGUGCACCUUUACAAAGAGACGGACAAGAAGAAGAAGAAGGACAAGAACAACUAUGUGGGCCUGGUGAACAUUCCCGUGGCUGUGGUGACAGGACGGCAGUUUGUGGAGAAGUGGUACACGGUGAGCACUCCCAACCCCAGCAAGGGCAAAGCCCCGGGGCCCAUGGUGCGCAUGAAAUGCCGCUACCAGAGCAUGAGCAUCCUCCCCAUGGAGCUGUACAAAGAGUUUGCUGAGUACAUCACCAACAACUACAUGCUGCUCUGUUCAGUGCUUGAGCCAGCAAUCAGCGUCAAGAGCAAGGAGGAGAUGGCCUGUGCACUCGUGCAUAUUCUCCAGAGCACAGGCAAGGCUAAGGACUUCCUGACCGAUCUGAUGAUGUCAGAGGUAGAUCGGUGUGGCGACAACGAGCACCUGAUCUUUCGGGAGAACACGCUGGCCACCAAAGCCAUUGAGGAAUAUCUCAAACUGGUGGGCCAGAAGUACCUGCAGGACGCUUUAGGAGAGUUUAUCAAAGCGCUGUACGAGUCAGAUGAAAACUGCGAAGUGGAUCCAUCAAAGUGCUCCUCCAGCGACCUGGCCGAGCACCAGGGCAAUCUGAAGAUGUGCUGUGAGCUCGCUUUCUGCAAGAUCAUCAACUCCUACUGUGUGUUCCCACGCGAGCUGAAGGAGGUGUUUGCGUCCUGGAGGCAGGAGUGCAGUAAUCGCGGCCGGCCAGACAUCAGUGAGCGGCUGAUCAGUGCCUCGCUCUUCCUGCGAUUUCUGUGUCCCGCCAUCAUGUCCCCAUCACUCUUUGACCUCAUGCAGGAAUAUCCUGACGACCGCACGGCACGCACGCUCACCCUCAUUGCCAAGGUCACGCAGAACCUCGCCAACUUCACCAAGUUUGGCAGUAAGGAGGAGUACAUGUCCUUCAUGAACCAGUUCCUGGAGCAUGAGUGGACCAACAUGCAACGCUUCCUGCUGGAGAUCUCCAACCCAGAGACCAUUUCUAAUACAGCAGGCUUCGAGGGCUACAUUGACCUGGGCCGAGAGCUCUCCACACUCCACUCGCUACUGUCUGAGGCUGUCGCUCAGCUCGACCAGAGCACGGCAACUAAACUGGGGCCUUUGGUACGGAUCCUGAGAGAUGUAAAUGUGGCGCUGACUAACCCCACCGGAGCGCCACUGUCCUCCCCUACAGAGCGUGUGGGUUCUCCCAGCAUGCCCGGCUGCAGUGUCUCAACCAGUCUGCACAAGCUAGUCAUGGACACGGAGCUCAGCGGGAUGGUGGAUUUCACCCGGCUGCCAUCUCCGACCCCUGAGAACAAGGAUCUGUUCUUCGUGACUAGGGCCUCGGGAGUCCAGGCAUCUCCAGCUCGCAGCUCCAGCUACUCAGAGGCCAAUGAGCCAGACAUGCAGAUCUCCAAUGGCAGCAAGAGCCUGUCCAUGGUGGACCUACAGGACAGCAGAAGUGUUGAGAGUAGUGCCAAUACAGUGUCCAGUGACCCUACCAACGACACCCAGGGCACCGGGGCAUGGGUUGCCCGUACUCUGAAAGGUGGCACAGCUGGAGGGCCUACCCUGAGGAAGAGUGCACAAACACCCACUACACCAGGCAUAGAGAGUGCACCUGGUCGGCCACAGCUGCUAGCUCCUCUUUGCUUCCAGAACCCCGUGUACCAGAUGGCGGCUGCUAUGCCAGUGUCUCCACGUGGCACUGCUGAUUCGGGUUCAGAAUGCCAAAGCUCUACUGGCUCCCAGGGCAAUCCUGAGGAUGUGGCCACACUAGGGAUCAAGCCCACAUUCAUCACACAAGCCAGCAUGGGCACAGGAUCUGGAAGUGGAGGAGCAGGGGCAAGUAACAAUGAUGACUUUGCAAGACGCUCUGGUGAGUUUACACGAAGACAGAUGUCCCUCACCGAGACCCAACACCAAUCCAAUGUCCCAAGACAGAACAGUGCUGGCCCACAGAGGCGGAUUGAUCAGCCUCCUCCGCCCGCAGUCACUCGAGGACGUACUCCUCCCAGCAUGCUCAACACUACACCCUAUCCACGGCCCUCCAGCGGCAGCAUGAUGUCAUCAUCAUCUCCCGAUUGGCCCAGCAACGGAGCCAGGCUGAGGCAGCAGUCCUCAUCCUCUAAAGGAGACAGUCCUGAGACCAAACAACGCACACUGCACAAACAGGCCCCGUCUCCAGUGAAUCCCAGUGCUCUAGACCGCACUGCUGCAUGGUUGCUAAAUAUGAACGCACAGUAUCUGGAGCAGGAGGGAAUUGACCCAGAUUCCAAACACAGGGAAGACCUACUCAACAAGGAUGAGCUCAGCCAGGCUGAAAAGUAUCAGCAGGAGAUCAGCAUGCUACAAGAGCGUCUCCGGCUGGCCUUGAAGAAGCUCGAGGAGUACGAGUCGCGUCUACAGGCUCAGGAUGAGCAAACGCAGAAGAUGCUGCUGGAGUACCAGGCUCGGCUGGAGGAUGCUGAGGAGCGACUACGCAGGCAGCAGGAAGACAAAGAACUGCAGAUGAAAAGCAUCAUCACCAGGUUAAUGUCGGUCGAGGAGGAGCUGAAAAAAGACCAUGCAGAUAUGCAGGCCAUUGUUGACUCCAAACAGAAGAUCAUUGAAGCCCAGGAGAAGCGGAUAGCAUCUCUGGAUGCGGCUAAUGCUCGGUUGAUGAGUGCUCUGUCUCAGCUGAAGGAACGCUACAGCAUGCAGACACGCAACGGCAUCUCGCCCACCAACCCCAGCAAACUGCAGAUCACCGAGAACGGCGAGUUCCGCAACAGCAGCAACUGCUAGCAACGACACAACACCCUGUUGGGUACAAGGGCUACGGGUAAAAUAAAUGAAUAAACAACACACACACACACACACACACACAGUGGAAAACAAUCUGGACUCUCUGGACUUCAACUAAAACACUCGCUCUUAAAUCUGAUGGCAGAACUUGUUGUGGGAAAUGUAACAUUUUUGGCUUUAGAUUUCAGAAUGAAUGAUGGACAAGUUUAAUCAGUCUUACAUUUGUUAGUAGUACAAAAUAACCAGAAAACCAGGUGUAUGAAACCUAGUGAUCAGAUCAGAGCUUUCUUAGUAGACAUAACGUCUGUUGUAUGCUUCGCUGACUCGUGUGUUUUUAUAUGAACAAGACAAGCAAAGACGACAAACUGGAUGCCUGAAGACUGAACUUGGUUGUGAAAGUGUGCUUUUAAUUUGAAAGUUUGCAGCACGCUAAUAAUACAAAUGUAUAUUAUUAUUAUUAUUAUUAUUAUUAUUAUUAUUAUUAUUUGUUGAAGCACUUUAUUUAAGUGUUUUUGAUUUAUAUGAUUUCUGGUAGGCCAAAUGGUUCCUUUUUGAUACAUUUGUACAUGUUCAUGUGUUUUCUUUUCUUACCUACGACCUUUUUUUGCAUGUCUCAAAGCUACCAGAGCUAGCAGUAGCACAAAAACAUCUUGUUGUUUUUUUUGUUUGUUUGUGUUGCUAAGGAGAGAUCUUUAAUUCCUUGUUUUUUGGGGGGUUUUUUUGCCAAUUUUUGUACAUAGUUUAAUUUGAGUUGGUUUGUAUUGUUGAUGUACAUAAAACAUACACUAUGACUUUUUUUUUUUUUAGCAGAGCAGAGGGAUAUUUUGUACAGUGUAUAUUCCUGUUCCUAUUCCUGUGUUAAAUUCCUCAGUUUUGCGUUAAACGUGUCAGGCUUCGGCUGUAAAUUCAGGUGCCGCUUCUAGAAACAGCAGAGCUCUGAGAAACUUUGCGCACGCAUUCCUCACUCAUAACGUUACUCUCGAGCUGUGGCUGUGCUGUGGCGUGGGUAGACAUAAAAAUACGCUUAGCAAUGUUGUUCUUGUGUAGGGAGAAAACAGAAAUCAUUUCCCCUUGAUUUAAUGCAUCAGUGUUUAACCAUUAUGCACUUUCUAGCAGUAGGGAUAUGCUCCUUAACCAAAAAAACCCUAAAAAACAAACAAAAAAAACACAACAUAUUGUAAUAGAGACUAUCCAUGGACACACAAAUAAACGUGUAGCAUUGAAGGCGAGAGAGGAAAUGAAGAAGGCCGUACAUAUUAUUCGGCCCCCCUCAGGUCCAGCUUGUGUUCUUCCAGUCUUAAUAGCACCUGUUCUCACAGUUUAUUUGAACGCAGCAUGACAUUAAAUCUGCAGGCUCUCCACCCUGCUGAGGAGUGCUCUGUCUCUUCUGCAGAAAAAUACCAAUUUUACUGCGUCGAGUUUUUAGCCAAGGGAACUAGGAUUUCUGACGGUUUCGUAGUGGUAUUUAUAUGACUGUUUUAGGGAGAGAAUGAACAAAAUUAUGGGGAAAUAAAUAAAAAAAAUCACAAAUUGUGGUUUCUUGAACUCCCACAGUUUUUAUGGAUUCCUUAAAAUUACCCACCUGACUUGUAGUUAUGAAUUUGUGUUUAAUUUAUGAUUUAAUUUAUCGCCAAGGUCAUGUAUUCUAUUUAUUUCUAUGUGCGUUUGGUUCGAGUGGCCCCAAACGUUUUAGAGCAUUCCUGUUUAUUGAGGUGUGAAUGAUAUGAUGGAUGUCAAGUAGCUGAGAUCACAGACACUGGAUUCUCAGUAUUGCAGGAAUUUCACUGUUCUGAUAAGUGGUCUUAAUGUGCCCCUUCUCUUACAUUAAACACCCCUCCAUCCCUUAACUACUAAGCUUGAUACUCAGAUAUUUUGUUUACAGAGAUUAGAAAUUGUGUUAUAUAUAAAAUAUUAUAAUAUAAUAUAUAUAAAAAAAAAACAUUGCACAUAAGCUUCCUCUGUCCUAAUUCCCUGUUGAAGGCAAUAGUGCUACAAACACACACGCACACACACACACACACACACGCAGCAUAACGUAUUUCAAUGAUCCUGUUCUGCCACCUUGUGCACGGUGUCUUCAUUUACAAGGUAAAGCAGCCAUAACAACUUUCUUCAUCUAUUUUCUCGUUUCUGGCAUGCAAAAAAGCUCAACUUUGUGGUUUUUUUUUCUAACAUCUCACAAAGCCUUUUAUAUGUAUGUUUAAGAGUAAAAUUUGCUCCAUGUAAAUACAUCGAGAAAAAAUAAACAUACUAGUAUAUGAAGAGUCAUUUGUGUUAAAGAGAAUGUUCAGUGCAAUUAAUGUACAAUUGCCACUAGAAUUAUUAAAGUUUAUUUAGCUAUUUCAAA